AAUGACCGGUUGUGGCGCACUCAAAAUUAGAGAGGUUCGAAGGAGAGGCUGGGAAGCCGUGGCAAAUGUUCUAAACUGCCAAUUUUCCACCUAUAAGCGCGCAGGUUCAGAGGUGAAGAAAAAAUACUAUAACAUGAAAGACAAAACAAAGACAAAAAAUGAUGAGAUGAGGAGGCCAGGCACUGGAGGAGGGCCCCGGGUUAAAGAGUUCACCAUUCCGGAGGGGAUUCUCCUUCAGCAUUUUGGGGAUUCCGCCUCUGUGGCAGGGGUCCCCAAUGCAAUUGACACUGAUGCUCCAGAGGGUGCUUCAAUCAACAUAAUUUAACUGGGCAAGAUGCCAAUAGAUGGUAGCACUUGCAUGACGUUCAAGAUAGAUGAAAGAGGACUAGGAGCUCAGAAGACGUCAAGUGUAUUCCAACGUGCAGUGGAAGAUGAAGCUGGGCCAUGCUCAUCAGGGACCAAGACCAAUACCAAAUCAAUGAAAAUGGCCAACAAAAACCAGAGUAAAAGAGCUAGGGCAAGUUUCAACAAAUUGGCUGAGGACAACCUAAUAGCAGAAAAGAAGAACAUCCAUCUGCAACAAGUAAAUCUAAGAUUGAAGAAUCAAUUGAUACUGGCACAACUGAAAGUUGCCAGAUUAACGGCACAAAAAAUUGAAGAAGAAAUUAAAAUGUUAAAAGCAAGCAAUGAAUGUUAACCCUUUACCACUUAGUUACGCAUUUUCACACAUUUGUAGUCCCUUAAAAAGUUAUAUUUAAUUUAAGACCUUUAUUACUAGAUUCAAGUUGUUAAGGCUUCAUAUCCAAACCUUAGAUACUGAUGAGCAGCAAACAGCAUAAAACCUGAACAGCCUGCGAGUUACUUGCAGGCUGUUCUGGUUUUAUGCUAUUUUCCCAUAGCCAUUUUCACUUUGCUUCUAAGUGGGAAAGGGUUAAAUCUACAAUCUCAAAUG